UUAAUUUUGAUCUGAAACGAAUUCUACUAGGCUCACAAAGAACUAGUAUACCUUUUACAAAUUUAUUUCUGGAACGCAAUCUACACGAUGCAGGGUCAACUAAAAUGGUCAAUACCUUGUUGGCAAUUGACUUCGAGCUAAGAGAUGGAGCUAGGUCAAAUGAAUAUGUUGUAUUGGACUGUGUUAUUGUAUUAGACUAUUGAAAUGUCAUGUUUAUUAUGCUUCUAUUAAAUAGGAGUUUUUAGAAAUGUUAAAAUAAUUUCUUUGUAAUGUUUACUUCAGUGCGGAUAAUGGCGUGUGUUUUAAUGUUUACAGUUGCUUAAAAAUGUGUUGAAAGUGAAUUGAGAUAUUUACAAUAGUUCGUCGAUUUAAGAUGACUAUUGUGAAUAUAAUUUACAAACAUUUACUGUAUUAAAGAAUGUUCGGCGCUGAAUGUUAUCAAAAUGGAAGGGAAUUUAAAGCAAGUGAAAGUUGAUAAUUGGGGUGUAUUUUUCCUGCAAAGGCUUCAGCAACUUUAUGCUAAAGGAGAAUACUGUGACCUUACAUUAUUAUUUACCAACAAUGAGAGAGUUAAGGUCCAUCGGUUGGUGCUCAACGCCUGCACAGAGUACUUCAAGCUGCUGGAGAAGCUCCCAGGCCAGGCGUCGGGAGCUUAUCUCCACAUGCCGGCAAACAUGCAUCCAGACGUCGUCUUGCCCAUCAUCAACUUCAUGUACACGGGGCGGCUGGAGUUCCGGAUGGAUGUGGCAGAGGAGCUGUACACGACGGCCCAGCACAUGAACAUGAUGGUGCUGACCAAGCUGCUGGAUGUGCAGUCCCGAGCCCCGAGCCCCGCGCCGGCCCCCGCCCCCGCCCCCGCCCCCAGGAGGCCCGAGUCCUCCGGGGGGCACCACUUCGUCCCGCCGCCCAGGAAGACAGUGCUGGCUCGCGCCCCUGAUGCCGACCUGUCCGGGAGCCUGCCGGGCCGCAGGUUACCAAUAUGGAAGAAACGUAAUAUGAAUUUGCAAGGUUCAGCUAUUAUUGAUGGCAGCUCUUCGCAGUUUGUUGGUUAUGAGAAGCGAAAAAGCCAAAAGCCACGGCCAACAAGAUUUGAGUGGCCGGAAAACGGUGUGAUGCAGCCAGUAGUACCGUUUACAUCAUCGUUUGAUGAUCUUUCCUAUGAAACUGCUCCCAUUUUAAAAGCACCUGGUUCUCACAAACAUUCAGAUAAUUCAUUUUCAGCCAUUCCUUCGACUCAGUCUCAGGCUACAACCUUCGAAGAGAUCCAGCGCUCUGCAUCGAACAGUGUGAAGCGCCCUAUUGGAACUACGUCUUUUAAUGAAAAACAUUCAAACAAGACCAGAGUACUGGAUCUUCAAGCCGUUAAGGAGUACGUCCAAGAACAUCAGCUUCGAAAAGACCUUCUGAACACAGAGGAAGAUGGUGAAGACGUAGAUGAUGAUUUGGCAGUUGCAGAUCUCGAUGAUGAUGAAGAUGACGAGGAGGACAUGAGAAACGGGGCCACUGAUAGCAUAUCCGAAGAACCGGACAUGCCAACAAAUUCAGAGAAUCCAGUACUUGCAGUAAUGCCCCAGAAGUCGAUAUUGAAGGUACCCGUUUCAAAUGAAGAAACAAUCUCGCCAUCUAAAAAAGUGCGCUUUUCUAUUGAUGCAGCGUCUGCAGAGAAGGAAAACAAUGUUGAGGAGGGUUCAGCUGUGCCAGAAGUGGAGCUUCACGAUACGUUGACAAGCGAGCAAGAGCAAGAACCCACCUCACGUUCUGUGUCCACGCCUAUGACUACACUAACAAACAGUGGAAACAUCUCCAAUCAUGCUAGGAUCAUUACAGAGGUACUCAAGAAAUAUCCUAAUCUCGUCAAGAAGAACAAAAAUAUAAAACUGAAAAUCAUGCAUCGUGGUCCGGCCCCAAAUUCCACAAAGUCAUUGGACGGUGAUGGCAACAAAUCAGUCAUGUCAAAGGUGUCGUAUGUCAUGCUUAAGUCGGACGUAGCUCUCGCAGCUAGCAAAGCAAAGAUAGGAGUGAAACUGGAUGAGGUGCUGCCUCAAGCUAAAGUUCUUUCAGGAGCGGAAAAUACAACAGGGCCGUGGCUUUGCUACACGUGCGGAACUCAAGAGGAGCCGAUGAACUUUGAGACGUAUUAUCUGUACAGGCGCCAUCUUCAGGAUGUGCACAUGGAGAAGAUUGAUGCUCGCAUCUGUGAGCAUUGCGGUCACCGUGCAAGCAAACGUAAUCUCUUGCUCUAUCACUUGUACACCAAACACGAUGUUCCUCCGCCACGAAACUGUACCUUUCCCAGUUGUGAUCAGUGUGAUUACGUGGCACUGAGUGAAUCCUUGCUAAUCAAACACCGGAAUAGUCAUUUGAAAACCCCCGAGUUUGUGUGCAAAGUGUGCAAGGCAUCAUUCAAGAGUAAUGGGGCUUUGCAGGGUCAUAUGCAUACCAAUCUUCACUCUGUGAUCAACAAGAAGCUUCACGAAUGCCAGUUUUGCCAAAAGCCAUUUGUACGCAGUGUUAACUUGAAGGCCCACAUUCGGGCAUGCCAUAAAGAAGAGAAAAUGGAAAGGAGCAAGCAAACAAACGCCUUAGAAUUUAUGGGAGAUGAAAGUUUGACGGAAGAUGAGGGGGAGAUAGUUGAUGUGCCUGUGAUGGAUGCCAGCGAUUCGACCGAGUCGGGCCAUGCCCUGCCUCCGGGAGUGACUCUGCUGGCAGAGGGUCCGAAUGUGCUCUCUUCUGAAGCAGAAGCGCUGAGCAACGUGGCAAGUGGCAUUGCAGCUUCCCUUGGUUUGGCAGAGACUGUGCAAAAUGACCAAACUGUAAUUGUGCUUGAUGACAACCAGGAGUACAUUCUUAAUCAUGAUGUGAUGAGUAGUGGUGACAUAUCAGAAGUUCGGCAGUUUGUGGAGAAUCACACGGAAGCAAUGAACGAUGAGGUGACAGAAACAGAGGUACAGGAGUACGUAGAGGAGACGGCAGGUGCUCCUUUGAGGCCAGACACUCAGGAGUUCAUAGUGCCCGACAUCAUGUCCAGUGACGAGCAUGCGUACCAGUCGGCCGUUUCCUACGAGGACUCCUGUGGUCAAGCCAUCGUCACCCAGUCGUACAGCACGCCGAGCAACCAGGCCAUCGCGAGCGGGGAGUACGACCCGAGCAGAGCGAUCAUCGUGAGCCAAGCUUACGAUGUGUCGGAUAGUCAGGGUUUGACGAGGCAUGAGUCCGAGGGUGGGCCGGUGACCAUUCCACCUCCACUGAACAUGCCGUCCGGAGAAGUGACCAUGAUCCUGUCGGACCACGACUACGUGGAGGACGCGGUUCCCCGGGAAGGCAUGAUGAUCUACAUCACCCACCCGGGAGACGUGGACAUGGGCAUGAUCCAGCAGAUGACCGGUGGCAAGGGGGCACAACUGCUGUUGGCAUCGCAGCCGGGCGACGAGGUGAACCAGGGACAGCUGGUGCAGCUAGAGGGCGGCACCAUCGUGCGCGUCAUCGGGCCGGACGAGGCCACGGCACUCCAGCAAUCCUUCGUCCAGGCCGGGCCAGGGGACGGCCAUGACUCCACCGCCGGGGACGCUCCGCCUCCCAACCAGGACCCCAGGCCGAUGGUGCAGAUGUCUGAGCUGGUGAAGGACUGGGAGGACUUUGAUGACAGCGAGGAGUCCCAGGGGGCUGACGACACAAACACUGGCUCUCAAGUGAAAACUGAGCAAAUAACAACUCAGCUGGUUAAGUUUCUACCUGAAAAUUUGCAGCACAUGUAAGGAUAACUUGACUGAUAUAUUAUGCUCCUCUCCAUGUUAAAUUUAGCAGAUUUUUUUUUGUUUUCAGUUUAGAAUUAUGCAUAGUAUAUUCUAUUCCACAGAAAAAUAAUUGCAAUGUUGAUGUAUUUUCGUAAAUUGUAUGAAAACAUUAUUUACAUAGUAGUUAUAAUAUUAGGUAUGUGAUUAGGUAUAGGUGUAAAAUAGUUUUGUACAGAAAUUUGCAUGUUUGUUUGGAUGAAUGCCAUGAUUUUUAUGCCUUGAUAUUGAUUUUGUUAAUUUAGCUUUUUAUUCCUGGUAUUUAAGAUUUUCUUUGCUGCUUAGCAAUACAUACUGUUCAGAAGUACCAGCCUUAUUAAGACAGCUUGUGUAACUAGGAUUAACAGAUAUUAUAAUUUGUACAAGUGUAUUUAAUAUUUAUGAAGGCUUGGUUGUGAUAGAUCUAUUUGCAAGUAUUCAAAAUAUCUGGAAAUGAAUACAUGAUAAAUUUAGUCUGAUUAUAUUUUAAAAAAUGCAAAUAAUAUCCAAAUUAAUAAAUAAAUAUUUAACUUCUAACAAUAUAUUUUCCAUCAGCUCACAAGCAGAACCAAUUUAUGGUAUUCAUACCUUUUUUCAUACACCCUACUUCUUGAAGUAACCUGUUGAUAUUUGUUGUUUUGAAGUAACUACGGCAAUGAAUUAGGGCAUUAUUUGACGUAACGCAGUCAUAGAUACACAGUAGCCUUCUUCAUUAGGCCUAUGUAAACAAAAAUAAAUUUACAACAUAACUUAUAAAAUUGUGUGAAUACAGCAUUGAAGCAAUGUGAGCCAUGAUAAAAUGUUACCAUAAAAAAAGUUUUGUAGGCUUAUGUACAAAAACUUUCAAGCCUAACUUAGGCCUAUUUCUUUGUAAAAUAAUCAGAAAUCUUGGUUUGCUUGCAUCUUUGAGUGUUCAUGCACAUGAUCUGCUUCUCUAAAGUAUAAAAAUUAUCAAAAACACCAUCACAGUUUUCACCAGCAGAUACUCCAAUGAAGUCUCGCAGAGUUCGAAGAGCAGCAAGAGCAUCUUUAGUCGUGGGUGUUGUCACUUCAUCAUCAUCAUCGUCAGUAUCCUGUUGAGAAAUACUGGCAUGGCUUUUUACAAUAUCUUCUAUAUAUUGCACUUCCGAAGUGAUCAGUGAUCCACAUCCACAUCCACAUCCACGUAAUCUUGAAAUAAUUUCUCCUGCAACACCCUCUCAUGUCCUUCAACAUCUUCAAUGUCACUGUAAUCAUCUUCACUGAGAGUGUAAGCCUUUUCUGGGAACACAAAUCCAUCUUUUGCAAAGCAGUUUUGAAUUGAUGUUUUCACUUCUUUCCAGGCUCUUGCACUAAAAUGCAAUGCAAUCAGCAGAUUUAUCUUCAUCAAAGAAGGAUCUUUUCCAACAUCAAGCAUUGUUACUGCCAUUGAAACUAGGUAUCUGCGGUACAAAAACUUGAAUGCCUGAAUGAUACCCAAGUCAAGGGGCUGUAGCUCACUCGUGCAGUGUUGCAAAGCCAUUUUUGAAUAAAAUGCAUGCAACUGGCUCUGAAACAAAGUAUUGGUCAUCCGGGCUUUGGUGUUUGCUUCGUACUUUGUUGGGAGUGACUUGAUAUUUUUAAAACACUGAGGUUUUCUCACUUUGCCAAUGACAUAAAGAGGGAAUUUUUCACUUCCAUCUGCAUUGGUAAGCAAUAACACAGUAAUCCGUUGCUUGCUGAGCUUACCUCCGUGACACAUUUCCCCUUUAAAACUAAAGGUUUUGUCUGGUAGAACAUUGAAAAACAACCCUGUUUCGUCGGCAUUGAAAACAUUUUUUCGGGUCGAACCCAGCAAUUUUUUCCUGUAGCUUUUCCUUCCAAUGUUCCACAGUCUCCACAUCCACACUUUUGCUUUCGCCACAAACCACCUUGUAAACAACAUUGUGACACUUCUUAAACCGAUCAAUCCAUCCAUUGAAAGCUGAGAAAUCUUGAAUUCCCAGCCUAGAGGCAAUAACACGUGCUUUUUCUCUCAGUAUUGUACCAUUUAUUGGUAAAUUUGCGGCACGUGCACCAGAAAAACACUCGAGAAGAAUAUCUUCCAGCUGUUUGAAUUUCGAGUCCUUCACAUAUUUAUGUUUUUUAGCACUUGGCCCACAUCGUGCGGCAUUUGCAGUGAUGAUUUCUCGGCUUUUGAUGAUGGUUUUAAGUGUACUAACAGGGAUUGAAAGUUCUUUCACAAGGUCCACACGUGAUCCAACAUAUUCGUCGAACUUAGGAAUUAUUUUAAUUUUAUCAGCAAUGAUGAUAGUUUUUCGCAGUUUCACUUUCUCCAUUUUCUCACAGAUAUUAAUAACGACAAAGAGUUAAAGAUGUGUCAAAUACAUUUACUGCUAAAGCCAGCGCUUGUAGCGGAAAGCUGUGGAAAUAGAAGUCACUGUGAAUUGUGCAAGGUUACUUGCACUUUUCACGGCGCGAACGUGUUCACAUACGCAGCUUUUGAUGUAUCUUUCUUCUAUGACGGCCAUGUUUCGAUGUUUGUAAACACUGAACGAGACGUUAAUAACGGGAAUGAAGAAACUUUUCCGACGUAACAAGCAUGAAAACGACAUAUACCGCCUUAUGGAAAAUAAAUUGGGCCAAAAACAAAGGAGGUAGAUAACGGGAAAACGUAAAUACCGUUAACGUAAAUACGGGGUUUCACUGUAUAAAAUUAUUUUGUUUAACAUUACACUUUUUUGGGGAAAAGUUUUAUUUGAUUAUUGCACUAUUUUCGUGGAACAAAUUAGGGCAUUACUUCGAGGAAGUGGAGUGAUUUAAAUUGAACUAAUCCAGUAACUUUUAACACCAUAACAAUAAAUUAUCUGCAUUUUCCUAGGUAUGCUUGUAAUUUGAGGCAAAGAUUUUAAUUACAGUAUUAACGUGUAAGCUUAAUUAUACCAUCGGUGUGAAAUUUGUGUGUUAUUUUCACUUUAUGCUAAUAUGACACAACAGUAGUUGAAGUAAGGAUCAAACAAAGAAAAUUAAAAUUUUCAAUAAAUUUACUAAAAAAUUUGUAAUGGAGUUUACAUAAGAAUUUUUUUUUGUAAAUUAGUGAAAUAUAAUUCUUUAAUAAUUUCAAACAUUGUUUUAAUAUUAAUAGUUAAUAUUGAUGCAAGAGAAGUCAUUAUUGUUGCUACAAUGACAAUAUCAUUACAUUUUGUAUACAAAAAGUAUUUUUUGUACUUUUUCAUUUUUGUCUUUUGCACUGUUGUCGUAUGUUGGGUAGAUCUACUUUAAGUUGAAAACAAGAUGUAAAAAUUCAUUGAGGAAUUUUUAUUAGUCUUUGAAUACUUGUUAAAAAUUUGAAGAUGGUUGAACAAAUAGGACAUUUUCAGCAGCAAAGAUAUUAGAAACUGACUGAAAAACAAUGACUAAAAUAAAAGUAACAGUGUGGAAAUUGUGUUUUUUUAGUUGGGUAUUGUUGCAGAGAGAAAAGCCUACCAUUUUUAUUUUAUAAUUGUAGCACAUUCCCCCCCCCCCCCCCCCCCCCCUCUUCCCAAUUUAUUUGGAACAGUCUGUAUUUGGUUUUUAAAUUUUUUACGGUUUUGAAAAAAAAACUUUUUUCAUAUGUAAUUUUCAAUAUUGUUAUUCAGACUUAAUUUUGGUAAAUAUUGUGUCCUGCAUGAUAUGCUGUUAGCACUUCGCCCGCUAUUCGACAUCCUGUCCGGCCAUUUUGGAGUGUGCAUCCACUACAACGAGGAAGACCUUUCCCUGGAACGAACCCAGAAAGUCUAUACGUAGUCUAAUCCAUGGGGUUUGCCGCUUGGGGUCCAGCAAUCGCAGCAGCGGCUUGUGAUCUGUCACAAUUGUGAAAUUAAGGGUGGUUACAUAUUGCCGGAAUUUGGUAACUCCAAACAUCACGGCCAGUGCCUCCUUGUCUAGCUGAGAAUAGUUUCUCUCAUGAUGUUGCAGUGUGCGCGAUCCAAAAGCCACAGGCACUUCUUUUCCAUCAUCUGUGACGUGAUCUAACACUGCACCUACUCCAUAGUUAGAUGCAUCGCAUGUAAGCAUGAGAAGCUUAUUCAAGUCAUAAUGAAUUAGCACUUGAUCAGAUUGCAACAGGUUCUUCACCUUGCACAAUGCCUCUGUAUGCUCUGGCUUCCAAACCCACUCUGCUCCUGUGUCCAAGAGGCGAUGUAAGGGCUCCACGACCGUGGCUUUAUUAGGCAGGAAUAUUUCAUAAAAAUUCAAAAAACCUAAAAAGGCCUGCAGUUCCUUCUUGCCUGUGGGUAUCGGUGCCUCUCUAAUGUCUUCCACCUUCACAUCUGUUGGAUGCACUCCUGCGCAUAUCAAUUUGGUACCCCAAGAAUAUAACAGACUCCGCAGCAAAUACACACUUUUCCCUCUUGAGUUGCAACCCUGCUUUAUCUAUCCUAGCUAAAACCUCCUGUACCCUGUCCCAGUGUUUCUGCAUGUCUUUCCCAGUGACCAAAAUUUCAUCCAACAUGACCACCACACCUGGAAUCCCCGCUAGCAAGGUUUCCAUAAGCCGCUGAAAGAUAGCCGGGCACCCGCUUGCCUGACCUGAAACAACCCUUUCAUUGUAUUUACAGUUAACAUUGCUGCAGUCGUGUCAUCCACCGCUAACUGCAGGUAGGCAUCUGCUAAAUCCAGCUUCAUAAAAACUGCCCCUCCAGCUAAGCUAGCGAAAGCUUCAUUAGUUGUAGGUAAUGGAUAGAUGUUAGCUUUGCAUACUUUGUUCACUGUAGUUUUAUAGUCCCCACAGAGCCUGACCUUCCCAUUUGCCUUACGAAUGGGCACAAUAGGUGUCUGUCGCCCAAGUGGAGAAUUCCACCGGCUCAUACACUCCUUGAUCGACCAGUCUGUCAAUCUCUGUACUCACCAAGUCUCGCAAUGCAAAUGGUAUUCCCCGACUCUUCCAGAAAACUCGCGUGGCUUCAGGUUCCAGCUCCAUAGUCACUUGGGGCCCCACGUAUUUUCCCAACUCCACACUGUAGAACACCCGUGCAUGGUGCUGCACUGCAUGUGGUAUUUUUAGGUGUAUUAGUUGGAAAAUGCUCUCCACUUUGAUUCCAAGCGGUUCUAACCAAUUCCUGCCCACGAGAUUUGGUCCCUUCCCUUCAGCCACUAAAACUGUUAGUCUACAUUGCCUAGUCUUUGUCUUUACCAAUACUUCUCAGGUCCCCCUGAUUCCCAAUCUUUCCUGUGACCAAGUAUGCAGGACUAAGUUUGCAUCUGCUAGUGCUGGUAGGUCCGGCCACAAUCUCUUGUACAAUGCCUCUGAUAAUUGAGAAACUCUCUCCAUUGGAAGUCUUUGACCAUCUAGCUACACAUUUAGGAUAAUCGGUGGUUCACUUAUACACCUACUAGCAGUUGUCUGAAACACGCUGUAAACUGCUGAUUCAUCCUCUUCUCCAGAGUCGGGUUGGUUAUUCAAAUUUAAGUCCCAGCUGUGUCCCCGGCAUGCUUCCCAGAUUUGCCCAUCUCCUUAUGGUCUCGCGAUCCGCUGUUCACUCCUGCAUUCCCCUUCCUCUUCUUCGUAAAAAGAUUGUUCUAGGCGGCAUGUUCUAGCACAAAAAUUGCACACUGUCAGAGUGUGUCGGCAGUGGUCCCCGUUGCACCUCCAGCAAGCGCGUCUGUCAGCUGCAGGUUGUUGGUCCACCUGAACUGGGCUUCGCUUCUGGUCGUCCCUAACCUCUUUUUUUUCAUACCUAAUGCGCCCUACCUUUAGCACUGCCCCCGCAGUUGGGCCCAGCUGUGCUCAUAGAUCAUGGACAUUUGCGGCCUGUGGCUUCCGCAGCUGUUGCCAACUCAACCGCCUCCUUAAACGUAAAGUUGUCUUUUGUCAGGAGUGUGUGUUGCACCUUUGUAUCACGAGCACCACACACCACCCGGUCCCGCAACAUGCGAUCUAAAUCCGCAAAAUUGCAAGUCUGCCACAGAUUCUCCUUCGUGCUGAUUUCUGUUGUGGAAUUUGAAUGAUUUCACGAUCUCACUUGGUUUAGGUUCACAGUGUUGUGUGAGUACCGCCAAAAUGUCAGGAAAUGCAACUUCGAACGUUGGUUUCAGGGCCACUAAUGAGGUCACGAGGUUAUAAAGCUAUGCUCCAAAAAUGGUGAAAAAUAUCGCCCUUUUUUCAUUAUUGUCUCUAUUUUUGUUUGCCACAAAAUAAUAUCCCAAACGUUCCAAGUACGUGUGCCACAUGUCACGUUUGUUUACUUUUUCCCUGCACAUACGCCUGGGUCGUAAAAUAGAAAUCCUCGUCGCCACUAUUGUGUCCUUCCUGAUAUGCUGUUAGGUGUUAGCACUUCGCUCGCUAUUCGACAUCCUUUCCUGGUCCUUCCACUCCCAAACCCGAUAUCAACACACUCAACCGAACGACCUCACAAGCACCAUCUUGCUGAUGACCUGCAGGGCCACCAACCUCUCCACUACACACGUCCUACAUGACAGUACAGUUGAUAUAUCUACAGUUUGAUAUAUACAUAUACAGUUUAAGUCAGAAUUAGACCAAUGAAUUUUCAUUGCAGGAUCAUCAUGAAAAAGUAACUUGCAAACAUUGUGUGAUUUAGGUCUUAAGUGCUUCCCGAGGCCUUUGAAGUUGGAGAUGAAUUGCAAAUAAUAGAAAAAGUAUUUUAGAUGGAACAUUGAUGUUUAACUGAACAAAGUUCUUAACCACGACUGCUAAACUUGUUUUGUUGUAAAAUGAAUAGGUUAUUUAUCCGGAGAGCGAAACUAACGAAAAAUGCUGCAGUGUGUUAUCACCCUUAACAUUAUCAUUUUUGAGAAAUGCUAGUAAUUAAUUAAGAACUAAAAACUGUAGUGAGUGUUGUUAGAUAUGCAACAUGAACAACAUCCGGAAUGCUAUAGUUGCUAUAAAUCAGGGCAAUGUCAGGCGAGAUACAUUCAUGUGAAGGUAUUUUCAAGAAAAUGAUUAUUUAAUAAUAAAACAAGCAACAGCAGAUGGAAAUUAAAUAACAAAAAUACAUUUCAGUUUGGCUUGAAGUUGCAUGUGAUUUAAGUAUAUAAAUCUUAAGGUACAAAACACCUAAUAAGUUCUUGAAUAUUCCAAAAUUAUCAAUACUACAUUUUCACACAUUCUAUGCCGACAAAUGUUUUGAAUGUUUUCUGUUGACUGUGUCUAGCAAUCUUGAUGAUAUGGCCAUGAACAUGAAAUUGACCUACUUUAUUGUUUAAAACUUGCUAAUAGUGAAGGGAUUUGAAAUUGAGAUUGUGGUUUCUAGUAAUAAAAAAGUAAAUAUCAGUGAAAAAUUAUUAAUAUUGCUGUUACUAAAUUAUCAUAUGAAUUUAAGAAUUUUUACACUUAUUUUUUGUUAAAUUCUUACAUUUUUACAAUUUUCCUGAAGUUAAAUCACCCUCUCCAUUAUCAAGUUUUCUAGAACCAGUAGAAUUUUACUAACUCUCCUUGGCAGUAUAAUCAAACAAAAUUAGUACCACAAAAAAAUCUCAAUUUUUUUUUGAAAAGCUCCAUUCCUGAAGACAUUACCGAAAAAAAAAUGUGUUACUAUUUAUGAGAAAAUAUUUUAUUAUGAAACAAACAUUAAUCUAACUAGUAGAAGGUAUGUUCUGAUAUUUAUUUUUUAUUUUUCAUCAAAAGCUUAUACAUUCUCAGCCAUGGCUAGGAGAAAAGAGAAUGGAUCAUCACUUAUUCAGUUACAUUAUAAUAUCAAGUGUUUACUUGAUCUGGGUCCACAAAUGCAUUCUGCAGAUUGAUACCUGAUCAAAAUAGAUGUGCUGGUGAAGGGUUUAUAUGCUAUGCCCUAAGCUAUAAGUUUUUGUGUAAAUUCAUGCAUAAUGUAUUAUGUUUGAAGGAAUAUUUCUCCUGAUCAUCAAACAUGCUCUGAAAUAUAUAAAUUUUCCACCAAUAGUGAGAGAAAAUGUAAUGGUUUUAUGGAAAAUCCUAGAGAUAGAGAUUUUCACUAGUUUGUCUAUCUCGUUAUUUACGUAAUGGUAUUAAGGAAACUGUACGAGUCUGUAAUAAUAAUUUGUAAUUUAUAUCAUACAUUAGAACAUACAGCCUCAAAGGUAAUAUUUACCUUUUUAUUAGGAAGUGUGUCUUUCUCUGUAUAUUUAGAUAAUCUUUGUAUAGCAAUAACUGAAUGAUUCUUGUAUACAUCAAAUUUAAAUUGCAAUAACAUCAGCAUGCCUGAGGUUUAUUUAAUUGUAUCAUGAGUUUUAUAUAUACCUGCAUUUGGAUUCAAAGUUAUUUGCAUAUAAAAGAAUGAACCCAGGCUACCAAUUUUCAUUUCAUAAAAAUUUCAUAAAGAAAAAUUGUAAAAGAUAAUAACUUGACAAAAAUAUCAACACAUCCAGGCAAUAUUUUUUAGUUUAGAAGCUUUACAGGUUGUUAUGACUCAGCU